UCAAAACUCUUCUCAAGAAGACACACUAAGCAUCCACUACCAAUUGAUGGCCAUUGGCAGGUGGGAUGAAACUUAUUUGCCAUCCCACUCAGCCUUCUUUCCAUUGGUCUCCUGCUCUUCCUGCAGCAAGGUUCUAUUAGGUAAAAAUGGGGGGCGUGAAUCAGUCAGUGACCUCUGACUUCCUUCUGGUGGGCCUCUGCAGUCACUCAGGGUCAUGUCCACUACUCUUCUCCCUGGUGGCUGCCAUGUUUAUUGUGGGCCUUCUGGGCAACACUGUUCUGCUCUUCCUGAUCUGCAUGGACCCCCGGCUCCACACACCCAUGUACUUUCUGCUCAGUCAACUUUCCCUCUUUGAUGUUGGUUUCCCCCUGGUCACCAUCCCUAAGAUGGCAUCAGACUUCCUGCAGGUAGAAAGUUCCAUCACCUUUGGGGGUUGUGCAGCUCAAAUAUUCUUCCUUACGCUUCUGGGUGUGGCUGAGGGCAUCCUGUUGGCUCUCAUGUCCUAUGAUCGCUAUGUUGCCGUGUGCCACCCGCUGCGGUAUCCUGUGCUUAUGAGGCGCCAGGUGUGCCUGCUCAUGGUGGGCUGCUCCUGGACGGCUGGUAUGCUCAACGCCUCCAUCCAGACCUCCAUCACUCUGCACUUUCCCUACUGUGCCUCCCACACCGUGGACCACUUCUUCUGUGAGGUGCCAGCCCUGCUACAGCUCUCCUGUGCAGACACCUCUGCCUAUGAAUUGGCGCUGUCCAUCUCAGGAGUGCUGAUCCUUAUGCUUCCCCUUUCCCUCAUCGCCAUCUCCUAUGGCCACGUGUUGAGAGCCGUUCUACGCAUGCGCUCAGAGGAGGCCCGACACAAGGCUUUCACCACCUGCUCCUCUCAUAUCACAGUCGUGGGGCUAUUUUAUUGCGCAGCAGUGUUCAUGUACAUGGUACCAGGGGCCUACCAUAGCCCACAGCAGGACAAUGUGGCCUCCCUCUUCUACAGUGUUAUCACCCCCAUGCUUAACCCUCUCAUCUACAGUCUGAGGAACCGGGAAGUCCGAAUGGCUUUGGUCAAAUUGAUCAGCAGAUCUGGGCUCAGGCCAAAGUGA